AACUAACGGACAAUUCUUCUUUAACAAAUGGUGAUAUUCUUCUUCUUCAUCUCUUGCCCAUGAUUCUACUCCAAAGAUGCCGCCUGAAACAGAUCUCCAUUUCUCUGUGUCGAGGUGGUUAGGAGUGUUAUUUGGGCGGAGAUCAGUGAAACCCUACAACGGCGACGAAAGUACCGGCGAAAACCAAAUCGCCGCCGACUCGAGCACCGCCGUGGAAUGCUACGCUUGCACUCAGGUCGGAGUUCCGGUAUUCCACUCCACCAGUUGCGACGAAGCUCACCAGCCGGAGUGGCAGGCCUCCGCCGGCUCCUCCUUCGUUCCAAUCCAGAACCGACCCGGUUCUAGGGUUCCGGCCGGGAAGAGGAGCUCCGGCGGCGGUUAUGGACUGCCGUGGCGGGCGCUGGACCCGCGGAGCAAGCGCGUGCAGCUGCUGAACCGGGCGUUCUUACUGGCGCGUGGAAUGUCCAUCGCCGUCGAUCCUCUCUUCCUCUACGCCUUAUCCAUCGCCGUGGUCGUCGGCUCGCCCUGCCUGUACAUGGACGGCGGGGUGGCGGCGACGGUGGCGGUCCUCCGCACGUGCGUGGACGCCGUGCACCUCUGCCACCUGUGGCUGCAGUUCCGGGUGGCCUACGUGUCACGUGAGUCGCUCGUGAUUGGCUGCGGGAAAUUAGUAUGGGACACCCGCGCCAUUGCCUCCCACUACGUCCGCUCCCUCAAAGGCUUCUGGUUCGAUGUUUUCGUCAUCCUUCCUGUCCCGCAAGUCGUCUUUUGGUUGGUUAUCCCAAAACUAAUAAGAGAUGAAAAAAUGAGGCUCAUAAUGACCAUUCUUUUACUCUUCUUCCUCUUCCAAUUCCUCCCAAAGGUAUACCAUAGUAUCUGCUUGAUGAGAAGAAUGCAGAAGGUUACCGGAUACCUUUUUGGCACUAUUUGGUGGGGCUUCGCCCUCAAUAUCAUUGUCUACUUCAUUGCUUCUCACGUUGCGGGGGGAUGUUGGUAUGUGCUGGCAAUACAGCGAGUGGCGGCGUGUCUCCGGCAGCAAUGUGGACGGAAAAGUUCGUGUAAUCGGUCGCUGUCGUGCUCGGAGGGGAUGUGCUACCGGUUUCCAUUGCCGACGGGCAGCUUUCCUAGUGGUUGCGCCGGUAACUCCACGACGCCGCUGUGCUUGGACGCCGAUGGACCGUUUGCGUUUGGGAUAUACGAUUCGGCUCUUGCUGUCAUUUCCAGCCGCUCAAUCACUAUUAAGAUUAUUUACGCUAUUUUCUGGGGACUACAGAAUUUGAGCACAUUUGGGAAUAUGUUGGAGCCAACAAGCAACUGGUUGGAAGUGUUUUUCAGCAUAUGCAUUGUGCUUUGUGGUUUAAUGUUAUUCACCUUAUUGAUUGGAAACAUUCAGGUAUUUCUGCAUGCAGCGAUGUCGAAGAAGAGAAAAAUGCAGUUGCGGUGCCGGGAUCUGGAAUGGUGGAUGAGGAGGCGGCAGCUGCCGUCGCAUUUGAGAGAGAGAGUUCGGAAUUAUGAACGGUAUAGAUGGUCAACAAUGGGCGGCCAAGAUGAGAUGAAGUUAAUCAAGGAUUUGCCUGAUGGACUUCGACGAGACAUCAAACGUUAUUUGUGUCGACAUCUCAUCAGGAAGGUGCCCCUAUUUCACGAUUUAGAUGAUCUUGUUCUUGACAAUAUUUGUGAUCGUCUUCAACCCCUAGUUUUCUCCAAAGGUGAAAAGAAGAUGAUAAGAGAAGGAGAUCCGGUGGCACGGCUGGUGUUCAUCGUUCGGGGGCGUAUAAAAAGCACCCAAAUUCUGAGCAAAGAAAUGGUGGCGACGAGCACGCUAGGACCAGGAAGCUUCUUGGGAGACGAACUUAUUUCGUGGUGUCUCCGCCGUCCCUUCAUAGACCGGCUGCCGGCGUCCUACGCAACCUUCACCUGCAUUCAACCCACGGAAGCGUACGGUCUUGAUUCCGCCCACCUCCGCUUUGUUGCCGAUCACUUCCGCUACAAGUUCGCCAACGACCACCUUAAGCGGACGGCGAGGUAUUACUCCACCAACUGGAGGACUUGGGCCGCCGUGAAUAUUCAGCUGGCGUGGCGAAGCUACGUGCUGAGGACGACGAGACGGCCGGUGAACGUUGCACCCGGAAGCGGCGACGAUUGCCGCCUCCGGCAAUACGCCGCCAUGUUCAUGUCAUUUAAACCGCAUGAUCAUCUAGAAUAAUAAAUUUAUAUAUGGAUCGGAUGGCUUCCAUUUUUUCACAUUUGUAAAAUUCAACAUCUAGCAAUACUAAUAAAAGGCACCUAUAGGUACUGCACCGUCUAUACAUAAA